AUCCACCGGCCCUCGAUUCGUGAAGCUAAACUCCCCAAAGCGGUGAACUAGCCCCAACCCAUUGUAGUCCAGACCCGCCAAUCAGAGGAGAAGGUAAUCGUCGCAGGCCGAACGACGUCCAAGCGCCACUUUUCUGGCCAUCUCGCCAUCUGCCGAUUGUCUUGUAGCAUCACCUCGACGGUUCUAUAACCACACCAAUGUCUUCACAGCAUGAUGAGGCGGCUGCCGCCGGAUGCCCCGUAGACCACAAAGCGCGCGAGGCAUGGCUCGAGCAAGCGCGCGCAGCCGGCAACACUCAAACAAACCCUCACACCUCCGCGCCGCCGCCCGCAACGUCAGCGCAAUCGCAAGCAGCAGCGCCCGAGAAAUCCUCUCCUGUCCAACAAUCAUGCGACUCCUCUACCCUCGAUCAAUCCACCUCCUCCCCCGCGCCAACAACCAGCGGCCUCCUCUCGAACCUGCGCCUCGGCACCGACCGCGAAAUUAGCACGAUCCCGCGUUCCAUGCCCAACGCACCGACCGAACGACCCGCAAACAACGAGAAGGAUACUGGUGCAGACAAGGCAUCCGGGAACUGGAUUUACCCCAGCGAACGCAUGUUCUUCGAUGCCAUGAAACGCAAACAGUUCGAUCCACAAGCCUCAGACAUGAAAGCCAUAAUCCCCAUCCACAACGCCGUCAACGAGCGAGCAUGGCACGAGAUCAAAGCGUGGGAGCAAGGGCGGGGCAGCGAAAGCUGCGGCGGGCCGAAGCUCGAGUCGUUCUCCGGGCUGAGCACGAGCCUGACACCGCGCGCGCGCUGGAACGCACUCCUGGGGUACCAGCCGCCGUUUGAUCGGCACGACUGGGUGGUGGACCGCUGCGGCACCAAGGUCGAGUACGUGAUUGAUUUCUACGCGGGCAAGACGCAGCCUGGCGCGCAGCCGGGACAGGGCCUCAACUUCUACCUCGAUGUAAGACCAAAGCUGAAUAGCUGGGAGGCUGUCAAGACAAGAGUGAGCAGGUUCUGGGGUUUCUAGAUGUGGUGGUACGGAUGUUGUAUGAUAUGUACGAUUGACGGAGGAAUUGCAUACCCGGAGGACCAUGGCAACGGCGUUUCUUGAAUUCGGAUAGGGUUCGUAGAGGCAUAUUGAUGAAGCCUGUAUUAUUUUACACUCCUGUUACGCUCCCUUUGGCGCGGUUUAUUGUAUCAUACAUCGACUGAGUUUCCAGUAUUGCAUACAGCAGCCCUCAUGUCGUCUUCUCGUCCUUCUCGCGCUUGCCAAAUGUGUAUGCCAAUCCACAGCCAACCACAUUGACUGCACAGAGAGCCAGAGAUGCGCCCCUUACGGCACCUCGGACUGUGAACUUGUUCCUCAGUUUCUGACGUCGAUUAGCAUACGGCGCAUAUUU